AUGGCUGUUAAGCCUCUGCUACAUCCUGGUGACGGUCUGCAAGUCUUUGAUCUUUCCACUGCAACUCCCAGGUCUCACCGUGACACUUGCACGCUUCAGAUACUAAUUUAUCUGCUUAAUCCUAUUUUAGCCACCAAAGUCCUUGGCACUGUCAAAUGGUUCAACGUCAGAAAUGGAUACGGAUUUAUAAAUCGAAAUGACACCAAAGAAGAUGUAUUUGUACAUCAGACUGCCAUCAAGAAGAACAACCCACGGAAAUACCUGCGCAGUGUAGGAGAUGGAGAAACUGUCGAGUUUGAUGUGGUUGAAGGAGAGAAGGGUGCCGAGGCAGCCAAUGUGACGGGCCCAGAUGGAGUUCCUGUAGAAGGCAGCCGCUACGCCGCCGACCGGCGCCGUUACAGACGUGGCUACUAUGGCAGACGCCGUGGACCUCCCCGUAAUUACGCUGGGGAGGAGGAGGAGGAAGGGAGCGGCAGCAGUGAAGGAUUUGAGCCCCCCGCCGCUGACGGGCAGUUCCCUGGGGCCCGGAGCCAGCUGCGCCGCCCCCAGUAUCGCCCUCAGUACCGGCGGCGCUUCCCGCCUUACCACGUGGGACAGACCUUUGACCGUCGCUCACGGGUCUAUCCCCAUCCCAGCAGAAUGCAGGCCGGUGAGAUUGGAGAGAUGAAGGAUGGAGUCCCAGAGGGAGCGCAGCUUCAGGGACCCGUUCAUCGGAAUCCAACCUACCGUCCAAGGUACCGUAGGGGACCUCCUCGCCCACGACCUGCCCCAGCUGUGGGGGAGGCUGAAGACAAAGAGAAUCAGCAGGCGGCCAAUGGUCCGAACCAGCCCUCUGCUCGCCGUGGGUACCGGCGCCCCUACAACUAUCGGCGUCGCCCCCGUCCUCCUAAUGCUCCUUCACAAGAUGGCAAAGAGACCAAGGCAGGUGACGUGCCAUCUGAGAACCCUGCUCCGGCCACCGAGCAGAGCAGUGCUGAGUAACACCAGGCUCCCCAGGCACCUUCACCAUCAGCAGGUGACCUAAAGAAUUACCAUUCAAAAAACAAAGCAAAAAGCAGACCAUGACCUUACCAACACCAAAGAAACGUCCAAGCAAUAAAGUGGAAGACUAGUAACCAAGAUGUGGACAUUGGAAUGUUUACGAUUGUUCUUCACGAAACAAACAAGCACAAAACAAGAAUGUCAGCCAAUGUUUCCAGCAAUUUUUCCUGGAAUGCCCGCACAGAAGAUGAGAGAGCAACCUCCCCAGUUUCGGCAACCACUAGGUUUAUAUUUUUUUCCUGGUUUUUACUGUUUUGGUAAUAUGAAUUCAAAGAAGAAAUAUUAAUAUCACAUGGGGAGAACCCCAGCCAAAGAAACCUGAAAUAUAUAGUAAAUGCUUUUUUUUCCCUUUUCUGUUCAUUUUGGAUGCUGGUGCUAAACUUCCAAGUGUCGUGAUUUAAAAAGAAAUUUUAUGCCCUUCUUAUUUAUUUCUAGGAUGAGGGGAGGAUAACAUUUUUUGCUUUCUUAUAUGACUCUCUUUGAAAAUGUGCAGCAUGAAGUUCCUCAAAAAUAAAAUUUUUACCCUUGAAAGGAAAAGUUGCAUACCUGGAA